GCGCGGAGCGGCCGCGCCCGGGCAGGAGCCGCCGCCGGCGGGAGCGCAGCGGAGCCGGGCGGGCCGCGCCAUGCGGCUGUGCGGGGCGCUGCUCAAGAACCCCAUCCCCAAGCAGAUCGAGUACUACUCGCGCUUCUCCCCCUCGCCCCUCUCCAUCAAGCAGUUCCUCGACUUCGGUGAAUUGGUAUCUAAUUUACUUGACAGAUUGAACUCUGAAGUCAUUAUUGUGCUUCACAGAAAACAAGGUCGUGACAAUGCCUGCGAGAAGACUUCGUACAUGUUCCUGCGGAAGGAGCUUCCUGUGCGACUGGCGAACACCAUGAGGGAAGUCAAUUUGCUGCCUGAUAAUUUACUGAACAGGCCUUCAGUUGGACUGGUACAGAGUUGGUACAUGCAGAGUUUCCUUGAGCUUUUAGAAUAUGAAAAUAAAAGUCCUGAGGAUCCUCAUGUUCUGGAUGACUUUUUAGAUGUUUUAAUUAAAGUCAGGAACAGACACAAUGAUGUGGUUCCAACCAUGGCACAAGGGGUGAUUGAAUACAAGGAAAAAUAUGGCUUUGAUCCAUUUGUUAGCAGUAACAUCCAGUAUUUUCUAGAUAGAUUCUACACCAACCGCAUCUCUUUCCGUAUGCUUAUUAACCAACACACACUUCUGUUUGGUGGAGAUAUUAAUCCUGCUCAUCCCAAACAUAUUGGAAGUAUUGAUCCUAAUUGUGAUGUGGCAGAGGUAGUUAAAGAUGCUUAUGAAACAGCUAAGAUGUUAUGUGAACAGUACUAUACAGUGGCACCUGAUCUGGAAGUUGAAGAAUUCAAUGCUAAAGCUCCAAACAAGCCUAUUCAAGUAGUCUAUGUACCUUCUCAUUUGUUUCAUAUGUUAUUUGAAUUAUUCAAGAAUUCAAUGAGAGCUACAGUGGAAUUGCAUGAAGGUAAGAAAGAAGCCUAUCCAUCGAUCAAAACCUUAGUCACUUUGGGGAAAGAAGAUCUAUCUAUUAAGAUAAGUGACAAAGGUGGAGGUGUACCUCUAAGAAAAAUAGACAGAUUGUUUAACUACAUGUACUCAACAGCACCCAGGCCCAGUCUGGAGCCCUCAAGGGCUGUGCCUUUGGCUGGGUUUGGCUAUGGAUUGCCAAUUUCUCGUCUGUAUGCGAGGUACUUUCAAGGUGACCUUAAACUCUACUCGAUGGAAGGCGUGGGUUCAGAUGCUGUUAUUUAUUUGAAGGCCCUUUCAAGUGAAUCAUUUGAAAGACUUCCUGUUUUUAAUAAGUCAGCAUGGCGGCACUACAAGACCACACCUGAAGCAGAUGACUGGAGCAAUCCUAGCAGUGAACCAAGGGAUGCUUCUAAAUACAAAGCUAAUCGAUAAUUUGCCACCUUUUGUCUCUGUUGGAGAUGACCUCUGCAUUCAGUAUAAAGUCUCUGCUUUGUUCCAAAAUCCUUCAAACCACAGUAGCUAAUUACUUCCAAACAAAGACCUGAUCAGGGCAUUGAAAAAUACUAAGAACAAAGUGAUGAUUGGGACUUGCAGGAAGGCACUGAGCACGUUUGGUAUGUGAAUCCUGUGUUCUUCACCAGAAUAUGCUUGGUUGCUUCAGUCAUGCAUUGACUAAAGGGAUCGCACUGUGAUUGCACUUAGGAACACAAUGUUGUAACAAAAAGAUACUAUUUGAAGUGGCCAAUUCUUAUUCCAGUGUAAGGAUUGGUAAGAUGUGCAGAACCCCUAAGUGGUGAAUAGUAUCUUGCACAGCAGUAUGGUGUAAGAGAGAAAUUCUAACAUAGUUAAACGUGUGCUUCAUGCAGCAUUUGUAUUGCACAGUGUCACCCUAAGAGAAAUCCCUUUGAGCUCUUCAGAUCUUAUCUCUAGUGAGUUUAUAAAUGCAUAGUUCUAAAAAGGGUUGUGCAGCUUUAAACUGAUGCUUUCUCCAAAUUCCCAAACCCAUUUGUCAUGUGCAUACAAAAGUUGUGUUGUUAUAAGACGGUAGGACUUAAAUUCCUUGGUAUGCAACAAUGAUUUUCUUGACGCAGAAAUACAUUUCUAUGAAUUUUUCCUUGUUUUGAGGAAAGCUCCUAAGUAGUUAGAUCAUCUCUUCAUACAGGAAAUUCUGUCAGUACAGGGACAGGGGGUAAUUCAUGUUCUUAUUUACUUAUCAUUUUAGGGGAAUUGGGGAGGGGAGAGAAAUGCUGAGAGGCCAGACAGCCAGUCAUACAAAUGAAUUUGCCUUAAGAGUGUUGGUUGUUUGAAACCUGAUUAGUUUAAAACCUGUAAAUAGUUUGCAAAGUUAUUUAUACAUUCAAUGUCUGACUGCAGUCUGGCAAUCUGAAUUUGUAGUGUAUAUAAAGAUGUUGUACACCAGCCUUUGGAACAUGUUAUUGGUCUAAGUACAUGAAACUGGAAAUACAGUAGAAAUGGGAGGGACAAAAUGUGGCCAGUACCUGGUUUAAGUUAAAAAUAUCAAAGAUGAAAAAAAAUCCAAGUAUUUUCCCCUUAAAUUUAUUGUAAGGGUAAUUGCUGACUAUUAGAAAACUGUUCUUCACAAAGUCUUUGCCAAAUGCUGUUUCUGCUAUUAUGGCCUUUCAGAAAAACCUGUGAAAUUUAGAAGCUCUAGUGAUAUAUUAGCUGUGGCAAUAAAGGAGAUGAGUUGUAAGCAGCUCUGAUGCACCCUCAGUUUCUCUUAGGUGUUUUGAUAUUUUUUGGAAAGAUAAUAGAGAUUUUAGCAUGGAAAAAUGAAACUUGUUUACUAAAAUUGUGGGGGAACUGUCCCUUUUGUCCUCCCAAUAUUUAUUUUUAUAAAGAACUGAUUUAUUAGGGAAAUGCUGAGAAAUUCCUAGGUAUUUUAAAAAAAGAAAAACAAUCUUAGUUUGAUUUUACAAUAGUACUUUGCACUUCAUAGUACAUCUCACUGAAGGAUUAUAAAGUGCUUUGAGCAAUAAACUCCAUAGAGCCCCAUUUCUGAGGAGUCAAAGUUCUUGCCUUGCCUGUGGCAGUGAGUUCCCCAGCUUGUGUGGCAGUGGAUGAGCUCCCAGGGCUCGGGGGCCCAUGGCUGUUCCUCACACAGGGACUGGGAUCAGGCCCCUGGGAGCACUGGCUCCUUGUCUCCGUGGGCUGCUGCCCUUCCCUGUGGAUCAGGUGGCAGCAGGGCAGCUGCUGAAGGCUCUCCCUGUGCUCAGCUGGGCAGUGCUGCCCUCAGGGCCCCUCAGAGCCCCCUCUGCCAGAGGCAGGAAGAGGAGGGGGCUGAUGGGGCCCUCCUGUUCCCAAACUGGAUUCGUUGGGCCCUGGCCAGAGGAUCUUGGCUGGGCACGGUGAGGGUGUCACAUGGGUGGCCUCCAGAGCAGCAGCUUCCCAGCACUGCAGGCACUGCUGCAGAGAAGGCAGCUUGUUAUUGAAGCAAUACUGCUGUGGUGAAACCAGGGGAAUGGUUUGACUGAAACAUUGGUUGCAAGUCACAUCUGCUAAAAUUCAGUCAUUUAGCUUCUGGCCCCACCUGUAACUUCAUACUGUUUUUAAAAUUAUUUCCUGUUGCCUAUGUUUUAUAGUAAUUGCAGAGGAGAUUUUGCUUAAAGAUAGAAACCUGUGAUUAAACUAAUAUUUCCUCGGUUGCAUGUGGUCCAUUUUUUAUAGAACAUUACCCAAAACAUUCUAAGGAAUAAGGUAGUCUGCAUAAGAAACUUGAGUUUCAGCUUUUGUUAGAAAUUGUAUUUUGAAGUAGUAAAUCCUGACCUGGUACUUGUUUUUGGCUGUCUCCUAUACAUGAUGAGGAGAGGGAACAGAAAGCAAAGGAAGGAUGCUGACACACUGGACUUGUUUUCCUGUAGGCCAUGGGAGCCAUGGGAUGUAAACAAUGGAAACUGAACAAAAGCUGAAGUUACUGUGGAGGACGUUAUGCUGUGUUAGUGAUGUCACUUGAUCCACAAAAACAACUGGCUGCUUACAGGACUGGAGUGCUCCAGUACCUGAAAACUGAACUCCCCGGAAAUGACACCUGUUUCCAAGAACCCUGAGCUUGUAUAAACACCUCAAAACAGCAGGCUGGAGCACAAGAAAUUAAUUUUCUUUCCAUUUCCCAAGGUCUUUUUGGGGACAUUACAAUGAAUACAAGAGAGAGCUUUUCUUCUCUCCAACCUUGUCCAGGCAGCCUGGGCUUUAGUGGCAAUCCCAGGUGUGCCAUCAAUUGUUCCCCACUCAUUGUCCCUUUGUCAUGUUUCUACUUAGGGGUAUUAGUCUGAAAACUCUUUUAGGAAGCAGCAAGAGCAGACCUUCAAUUAGGAGAGGGUUUUUCAAUGGCUGUGCCUGAAAAAUGACCAUGGAUGGGUUUUUAAUAUGGCUGGUUUAACUACAGAUACUGGGUUUUUUUCAGUUACUUCUACCUUUGAUUGGAAUCACUUAUAACUAUAUUUUAAUGUCUUGGAGCUGUUAUUUCCAAACUUUCUGAUGAUACACAAGUAUAUUUCCUUUUUAUGAAUUUCAGAGUUAUGGCCUGCUGAUGUCAUUGCAACCUGCUUGUCUUGACUUACAGGACACAGAAAUAUAAAAAAGUUUUCAAUGAAAA